AUGAGGGACUUGGAGAAUGGGAGACCAUAUUUAAAGCAAGAGAUUACAGGGGUGGGGUUGCGCUACCUCACAGAGUCGCAUCUGAAGGAGAUCGGAAUUGGACCUCUGGGGAAACGCUUGCAGAUUAUCCACAGCCUGCAGAAACUAUGGCACAUCACAGACGUUCCUAUGAAGGUCUUCAACGACCCCAUCCACGGCCACAUUGAGAUGCACCCCCUCCUGGUGCGCAUCAUAGACACUCCUCAGUUCCAGAGGCUUCGCCACAUCAGGCAACUGGGUGGGAAAUACCUGGUGUUCCCAGGGGCAUCCCACAACCGCUUUGAACACUCUCUCGGGGUCGGGUAUCUGGCUGGUCAGCUGGUCCAAGUCCUGAAUGAACGGCAACCUGAGCUACUCAUAACCAGGAGGGAUAUCCUGUGUGUGCAGAUUGCAGGCCUGUGCCACGACUUGGGUAAGUGUGUCACAAGCUUACAAGCGCGCUAGAGAAAGCUAUGUACCACUGCACACCUUCACUCAGACCCAAACGCACCAGACUUGGCCUCUCGGCACAGAUGCUUUGCAGGUGUUUACUUGG